AUGCAAGUCGCACGCGCAGGACGCAAAGAGGAUACGUCCUCUCGCAAACCCACCGAGACCUUCACUGGAGACGUGCUCAUGGAUCCGAUUUUCAGCGCAUCGGAUUGUCUGGCCAACAACGUCUGCUUCUCACCAGGCGCUCGAACUUUCUGGCACACGCACGAAAGAGGCCAGGUGCUCACCGUCACGAUGGGUACCGGGCUCAUCUGCUCCAAGGGCCAAGCACCCCGGAAGUUGCAAGUGGGAGAUGUGGUGCACAUCCCUGGUGGAGAGAUGCAUUGGCACGGCGGAACCAGUACCACGAUGAUGGCGCACCAGGCGAUUAGCAUUGGCAAGACUUCGUGGUAUGAGGAGCUCGAUCAGAAGGAAUAUGAGGAAGCUCAGAAGGUCGCUACAUAA